UAAUGACGAACAGAGCAGUUUGUGGAUUAAUAAAUUGGCUCUUCGGAUGCUAGCUUCUUUAUAUUAAUAAGUUAGCUCUUCAGAUGCUAGCUUGUUAGUAUUAAUAAGUUAGUUGUUCAGAUGCUAUCCCUUUCAGCUGUAAGCCUGUACAUCUCCUGUGGGACUGAUUCUAAUGAAUACAUCUACAUGUCAAACAGAUUCUGAUCAUAGUAGAUAAAGUAAAUAUAUACAACUGAUUCUGAGGACAAACGCAGUGAUGCUAACGUUAGCAUUAGCUCACAAACAUCAGAAACACUGCGUCUCUUUACGCCACAGUUCACGUGACCCACUCCUGCACAUCUGCACGUGUAACACACAGGUGAGAGACAGGUGAGAAAGACGUGCUUUAACCUAGUUUGAUGUUUCAACGUUAGAAUUGUUACCUGAAGAAGAAACGGAGCGGAGAUCCCGAACCACGUGAUCCAAACGCAUCAACUACUUCCGGGGGAAAAGUACUUUUUCCGGUUUACGGAGUCUUAGCAGCAAUAACACGAGAGGAUAUAAAACAGCGAUAUCUCACCUGUCUAACCUGUCAGGGUACCUGUCAGACGUCAAAAACACCUGUCGGAGCUGCAGCCUGAAGAUCUGAAGAUGUUACGGAGGAAGCCGACUCGUCUGGAGCUGAAGAUCGACGACACCGAGGAGUUUGAGAGCGUGAAGAAGGAGCUGGAGGCAAAGAAGCGUCAGCGAGAGGAGGCGGAGUCAGGUGGAGUGGGCGGGGCCUCUGUCAUCAGUGUUGACAUCAUCGGGGCUUCAGGCUCCUCCUCUACAGCGGCGGGGAGGGCGGAGCUUAUCAACGAGCGAAUUGGAUACAAGCCCCACCCCAAACCGGCAACACUGCCGACCUUAUUUGGAAGUUUACAGUUUUAGUAAAUAAAAUGUUUCUUCAGAA